AGCCAGCCGGUUCAGAUCUCGGGGACUUCCGGCCACCAUGGAGGACUGGGAUGCUGAAGAUUUUACGCCAGUUGCGCCUGUUGUGAAAGCUCAGCCUCUGAAAAGUAACUGGGAUGAUGAAGAUGUAGAAGAAGAUGAUGUAAAAGAAUCUUGGGAAGAGGAAGAGGAGAAACCUAAACCACAACCUGUAGAAAAGCCUGCUCCAAAACCUAGUGCUAAAAGUGCUGUAAAAAAAGGUAAGCAGCCAUCAACAAGUGCUGAAGUAGUAGAAGAUGAUGUUCUGGAUGAUCCUACUUUAGAGAAGCUUCGCCAACAAAGGCUCGUGGAAGAAGCUGAUUUUAAGUCAACAGCAGAGCUUUUUGCAAAGAAGGACAGCAGUGAAAAGUCACUAGAGACUUUCAUCCCGAAGUCUGAGAGCGACUUCGCAGAAUAUGCGGAGCUUAUCGCAAACAAAAUCCGUCCCUAUGAGAAAAGCUUUCACUUCAUGGGUCUACUUAAGAAUGUCAUGAGACUUUCCAUGACAUCUUUGAAAGGUGCGGAGGCGAAAGAAAUAUCUUCCUCCGUCACGGCGAUUGCUAAUGAAAAGAUCAAGGCUGAUAAAGAAGCUGCAGCAGGCAAAAGGAAAGGAGGAACAAAAAAGAAGCAGCUUCAUAUAGAGAAGGGAGAGGAGGACUUUGCUGCCGGACCGGGUGCAUCUUCUUAUGAUGAUCCGGACGAGUUUGACUUCAUGUGAUUCGCUGGGAGGGGAAUAGCCUCUUCUAUGUAAUACCUCGAAGCAAGCAGAGAUUAGAGUUUGCGGCAGUCUGUAUUCCCUUCAGAGGCACCUGAACACUUGGAACUGCAUGGGAACAUGAUCUAUUUGAGGUUGAUUUUGUCGAUUGGAAACGGUUUGCGGUGUCGAGCUGCAAGUUGUUUUCCUAUUCUCGAUGUGUUUGUGUUAUUUUUGUUCUGUGGGUUGGAAUCUAUUCUUUUUGGCCAACUGUACUAUAACGUGUUUCUGGUUAUAUUGGAGAGUCGUUACAAGGGAUA